AUGCUUCGCAACACAUUAAUCUCGUCAAACUCGCUUAUUGCGAAAAAUCAAUCACAAUUGCUUAAAGUAUGCUCAGUCACAGCAACAAACAACCAAAAACGAGAUCAGAAGACAAUGCCAGUUGUCGAUAGAGCAAAUCCUGAGAAGUUGGCAGCAUCAGCAUUUGGAUGGAAGCAAUCAAAUUGGGCAGAUUGGACAGUAGCUCGUCUUGAUGAUUUACUCAAUUGGGGUCGCAAAGGUUCAAUUUGGCCAUUGACAUUCGGUUUAGCUUGUUGUGCCGUAGAAAUGAUGCAUAUCGCAGCACCUAGAUAUGAUAUGGAUCGUUAUGGAGUUGUUUUCCGUGCAUCUCCACGUCAAGCUGACUGUAUUAUUGUCGCUGGAACUGUUACAAAUAAAAUGGCACCAGCUUUAAGAAAGGUUUUUGAUCAAAUGCCGGAACCAAGAUGGGUCAUUUCAAUGGGAUCUUGUGCAAAUGGAGGUGGUUAUUAUCAUUAUUCAUAUUCUGUUGUUCGUGGAUGUGACAGAAUUAUUCCUGUUGAUAUUUAUGUUCCUGGAUGUCCACCAACAGCUGAGGCUUUAAUGUACGGAGUGUUGCAGCUUCAAAAGAAAGUUAAACGUAUGAGAACUCUCCAAAUGUGGUACAGAAAGUAA